UGCAGGUUUUCAAAUCAUAGAGAGAAAGAGAGAGUGCGAAUGGAUCAAGUGAUGGAGAGAGAUCGGAAAGACGGAGCAAUGAAACUGGAAACGUCGAUUCGUUGUGUGAAAGCCGCACAUCUGCUUUAUUCUCUCAGUAUGUCCAAAUCUCAUCGUCUUCAAUCUGAGGUUCUAGAGAAAGAAGCGAAGUGGAUACGAGAAACGUAUUUGCUUAGAAGAGCUCUAAUGAGAGAGAGAGUGAAAAAUCGGAAGAGUAGGAUCUGCAGCUUGAUUGAACACAUUCUGCAAAUAGAGAUUUUCCUGUUGCUUUUGAUUCUUUGCUGGAUGAUCUGGUAAUUGAACUUCUCCUUCAUUCCUUUCUGAUAAUCGUGUCCUCUCUUUCACCUUUCAAAAUACUCUGAUGCCUCUAGAUCUUUCUUCUAAUCCUCAUCUCUCUCUCUGUUGAGAUUCGAUUCCUGUUAACUGUUUCUGAUUCUUUUGUUAAUUUGGAAACACAAUUAUCAGCUUUACUAUUAGCAACAAAUGAUGAUCAUCAAAAGGUCUUGUGGAUAUUUUGAAUUUCCUGAC